GCCGCGGGGGCCGCUGGGAGUUGUAGCCCGGACCGUGACGGAACGGCGGUGACUGUGAACGUGCAGCGGGCGUAGAGCGAACUACCGGCGCCCGGGAGGAAGCGGGGGUGGUGGGGCCGGCAGCGGGGCAGCGGCCCGGGAGCGGGAUGCGGUGGAGGCCCGGGAAGGCCGCUUCGUUGCUUGGGGUUGCGCUAUGCACCCGGCCGUGGCGGUGUGCUUGGUGUUCUGCGGCUGCUGCAGCAACGUGGUGUUCCUGGAGCUGCUGGUCAGGGAGUUUCCAGGAUGUGGGAACAUAGUGACAUUCUCCCAGUUCCUAUUUAUUGCAGUGGAAGGCUUUAUCUUCGAAGCCAACUUCGGGAGGAAGCGGCCGGCCAUUCCAAUGAGGUACUACCUCAUCAUGGUGGCCAUGUUCUUCACUGUCAGUGUGGUGAAUAACUAUGCUUUGAACUUAAAUAUUGCCAUGCCGCUGCACAUGAUCUUCAGAUCAGGCUCUCUCAUAGCAAGCAUGGCUCUAGGUAUCAUCAUUUUGAAAAAAAGAUACAGUUUGCCUAAAUACACGUCCAUAGCCCUGGUUUCCAUGGGGAUCUUUACCUGCACUUUCAUGUCUGCAAAGCAAGUGGCAUCCGACUCCAGCUUGAAGGAAGAGGACGGACUCCACGUUUUCUUGUGGUGGCUGCUAGGUAUUGCUGCGCUCACCUUCGCCCUCCUCAUGUCUGCAAGAAUGGGGAUUUUCCAGGAGACGCUGUACAAGCAGUUUGGGAAGCACUCCAAGGAGGCCCUUUUUUACAACCAUGCGUUACCACUCCCUGGCUUUGUCCUCCUGGCCCCAAACAUCUACCACCAUGCAGUUCUCUUCAGCCAGUCUGAGCCAUUCCAAAUCCCGGUGAUCGGGCUGACCAUGCCAAUCAUGUGGUUCUACCUCCUCAUGAACGUCAUCACUCAAUACGUCUGCAUACGGGGCGUCUUCAUCCUCACCACGGAGUGCACCUCCCUCACCGUCACGCUGGUGGUGACGCUGCGCAAGUUCGUCAGCCUCAUCUUCUCCAUCCUCUACUUCCGCAACCCCUUCACGGCCUGGCACUGGUUGGGCACUGCCUUCGUCUUCGUGGGGACUCUCAUGUACACGGAGGUGUGGAACAGCCUCGGGCCCCUCCUGGCCCGCUGGAGGAAGAGGCCGAAGGAGGAGUAGCAGCUGGGGACUCUCUGCAGGGACCUUUUUAUUGUUUUAUAGAGCAGAGCAGCAGGAAAUGCCCCCGAGGGGGGGGUCGUUUUUAUAACACAGGGGAGGUGCUGGCUGUGCCAAGCUCCUGGGAAACAUGGAGCCUCUGCUGGGAACCUGCCUGGAAUGGAUCGUGGUGGGAGGAUACGGUUAUUUUUGAGAGGGUGCAUUUUCUAUGCAACCCCUUUUGCUUCCCCCCACUUUUAUUUUUUUUCCUUCACGUAUAAAUAACCUUUUUAAAGGAAUUUAAAAGCUGACCCUGUUCUUGAUUAGGAUCCCAGCCUUGUUGAGCUGGACGCUGAGCCCAUUUGGUGCCGUCCUUUAACGGCCAGGUUACUGUAGCAGAUGGCUGUGCCCCAGGGAACUGCCAGACACUGCUGUUUGUGCAGAGGGUUUUUAGUUACACUGGAAAUGCCAGGCCUGGCUGUUAACUCCAGUCCUUGCUGCCUGAUCCUACCACUUUUGCUAGGAGGACAUCGGUAACAUCCAUAGCUACCACGUUCUCCAGGCUGCCUGGUAGACUCUCUACCAGUGAAUAGCUUUGGGGACUUAUCUCCAAGCCACCAAGCUCCUGUCACUUAUAUCAAGACCCACUUUGGAGCCUAGGGGAAAGAGUUGGUAAGGGGAGAGAAAAUAGCACUGCAUCACUUUUUCUGGGAAAUGGGAAAAUACUCUCAAGGCUUA